AGCAGUACAAGAUGCAUGACGUCUGUACUCUAGUAACAGUACUAUCAUGCAUGACUACCCCACCAUCAGGUGGGUCAUCAAUCUCUUAGGUGCCACCUAUGACCUACAGCAACAUACUGAAGCAUACACGGGAUCCCUAAUCGUAGCCGUGACAUACGGACACCUUUCUCACGGCUCACAUCUUACCCGCGCGCACGAACUCAUCGAUAUUGCAAAACAGAUUGUUACUCCCGAGAAGACUGCCAUGUUCAUAGCCUUUCCUUUCUUCGAAAAGUUACCGUUUUGGUGCUUCGGUGGAGCACAUUCCCAGAUGGGACGCAGUAGAGAAUUAUCUCAACAGCUUUUGAACGAGCCCUUUAACGAAGUGAAGGCACAGAUAGCAAAUGGCACUGCUUCACACUCAUUAAUCAGUGACUUUCUCAGCCAACCUCACGAUGACGCUGACGAAGAUAUAAUGAAGGCUAUUGCGUUGACAGGAUUCAUAGCUGGCAUGGAAACCACUGCAUCCGCAUUGCAGACAUUCCUGCUGGCUAUGGUGCUAUAUCCUGACGUCCAAGCUCGGGCUCGUGCAGAAAUUGAUCAAGCUGUGAGGCAUGAUAGAAUGCCGUGCCUCAACGACAGGGCGUCCCUGCCUUAUCUUGAUGCCAUUCUCCGCGAGGUCAUGAGAUGGUAUCCUGUCGCCCCCAUAGGAUUUCCACAUACAACUUUAGAUGAUGAUGUUUACGACGGGCAUUUUAUACCCAAAGGUACAGCAGUAAUAGUCAAUCAGUGGGCACUGUCUCGGGAUGAAGACAUAUUUCCCGAUGCAUCGCGCUUCGAUCCCAGUCGCCAUCUAACUGUUGACGGGAAGCUGAAGAACCCUUUCGUCAACCAUUUUGCCUUUGGUCACGGCAGACGUAUUUGUCCUGGUCGUUGGUUUGUAGAGAACAGUCUAUGGACUGCGAUUGCUGCCAUACUCGCUGUCUUGCGCAUCGAUCAUGCCAAAGACUCAAACGGAGACAGGAUUAAAGUGAAACCAAAGUUCACCACCGGCGUGACGAUUCAGCCUGAACCAUUUCACUGCUCUUUUGAAAGCGUGAGCACAGCAAGAGAAGGACAGAUCCGAGCAAUGAUGAAUUCUGAGUAGACUUAGUAUGUACUACGAUGAACAAGAGAAUUGCUUUCGAAUACAUUGAUUCCUC